UUCGAGCCGUGUGAUUGGCUGCGAGUCAGGUGACGCACAACAAAAACUUGUCGAACAGUGAGCAAGGAAGAGGCGAGCGAGCAAAGAAACGAAUGAAGUAAAAUAAAAAUUAAAAUUAAAAUAAAGGAACCGUGACAAAUUAAAAGUAAUAUGAAGAAACGGAUACCUUCAGGCGACCAUGUUAUUCUCAGGGAUUUAAACGCAAGACUGUUGAAGGUAUUCAGAUAGAUAAAAACGGUCAUUUUACUUGGGAACUGGGCUAUUAAGUUUUGACUUAGUUAAGGAAAAUUAAUAAACUACAAAAUACGAAAGGUAUAGGGGGAUGGGGUCCCUAGGCAGCAGGCUGGUUGGCGUGGGGGGGGCAGGCAGCCCCCAGCAGUCGAGGCGCGGGUGCGAGUGCAGGAAGAGGAAGCGCAGCUCGGGGUGUCAGUGUGACAGCGAGAGCGAGGAGGACGGGGACAGCCUGCUCAACACCCCGCGCAGGAAGAAGUUGAAAAGCACUUCCAGGUACAUUUACCAGACGCUGUUUCUGAACGGAGAGAACAGCGAUAUCCAGAUCUGUGCGCUGGGGCAAGAGUGGAACCUGCACAAAGUCUACCUGUGCCAGUCAGGGUAUUUCUCCAGCAUGUUCAGUGGUUCCUGGAAGGAGUCCAGUAUGAACGUUAUUGAGCUGGAGAUACCGGACCAGAACAUCGACACCGAGGCUUUGCAGGUGGCAUUUGGGUCUCUGUACCGGGACGAUGUUCUGAUCAAGCCCAGUCGAGUGGUCACGAUCCUGGCCGCCGCCUGCAUGCUUCAGCUGGACGGUUUGAUCCAGCAGUGUGGAGAGACCAUGAAGGAGACUAUCAAUGUGAAGACGGUCUGUGGCUAUUACACCUCCGCGGGGACCUACGGACUGGACUCUGUGAAGAAAAAGUGUCUGGAGUGGCUUCUCAAUAACCUGAUGACUCACCAGAGCGUGGAUCUAAUGAAAGAGCUCAGUGCAGGGCUGAUGGAGCAGCUGAUCGGCUCUCCAGACCUGUUUGUGAUGCAGGUUGAGAUGGACGUCUACACUGCGCUCAAAAAGUGGAUGUUCCUGCAGCUUGUGCCCUCCUGGAGUGGUCCCCAGAAGCAGCUCCUGGCUGAUGCAGAUGGCUGGAUCGCCAAGAAAAGGAAAGAGCUGGCCUCGGGAGAUGCGUUCCUGGAGUCGGAGCAGGGAGCUGUCUUCGCCCCCGUGUUCAGACACGUCCGGCUGCAGUACGUCAUCAACGACCUGGCCUCCGCCAAGAUAGUGGAGCGAGACGCCAUCCUUCACACCGGUCAGCUCCCAGCCUGUUUUACAUGCAAUCUCUUUUACACUUUAACACAGAGAAGGGGCACAAUGGUUCUCGACUGGUUGUCAGCGGUCUACAAGCAGCAGUGGUUUGCCAUGCUGAGGACAGAGCAUGACAAUGACCUUGGCCCUCAGGAAGCCAACAAGGAGGAGUUUGAGGUGAGCAGUAUGCGCUGCGGCAGGAAGCUGGCCAAGGACGGAGACUACUGCUGGAGAUGGACAGGGUUUAACUUUGGGUUCGAUCUGCUGGUCACCUACACCAACCGCUUCAUUGUCUUCAAGAGGAACACUCUGAGCCAGCCGUGCGGGGGGUCUGUGAGCCUGCAGCCUCGCAGGAACAUUGCCUACAGGCUGCGUCUCGCCUCCUUCGAUGGCAGCGGGAAGGUUAUCUGCAGCCGCUCCACUGGCUAUCAGGUGCUGGCUCUGGAGAAAGACCAGGAGUAUGUUGUGAUGAAUCUGGACAGUCGGCUUCUUGCAUUCCCACUCUACAUCGGCUGCAACUUCCUGUACAUCUCCCCGGCCAGCAGGAGGCAGGAGAGCGCAGAGCCGGAGAGCAGCAGCAGCACCGCGUCCUGACACUGCCCUCCUGCUGUUCGUCUGUCUUGUCAGACCACAGAGCCCAGCAGCAGCAGCACUGACUGACUGACAAAACAUCAGGGAUACGCAGAGCAGCUCCUGUUUGUCUACAUGCUUCCUACCUGGAGAAACGGAUUUCUGUUCAUUUGCCAACCCAGACAAACCACAAUUUAAUUAAUAAUGUAAAUAUGUUAAUUUGUGUUUUGU